UAAGCAGAGAGCAUCGUCAUUCCACUCUUUUGAACAGACACAAUGGGCGCAGGACAAUCAAGGCAGGCUCCUCCCACGGCGGCGAACAUGGUCGCGGACUUGAAGCCCUCCAGCGAUGCGGCGAAACCCAAGCCCUGCUGCGUUUGCAAAGACGAGAAGGCCGCCCGCGACGAAUGCAUGCUCUUCUCGACCGGCGACAAUGCCCAAAAAGAAUGCGCCGGCCUAGUGACGAAAUACAAGGACUGUAUGGCUGGCUACGGGUUCAAGAUAUGAAGCAGGACGCUUCCCAUGUACGAUGAGUACGAGACGAAUACAGGAAGGCUGUACAGGAUAGCAUUGGUUCGGCGUUAUCAUUGCGGGCGAACGCAGCUUGGGAUGGUCGCCUGAUUGUAAACAUAUACUAUAUACAACAAGCAUAAAUAAAAGCAGAAUCUUCCCUC